AUGCUUAGAUUCAGAUCACUGAUCAUUAUUGUCACAUUUGCUUCAAUAUUAUCAAUAACAAGAUCAUCAUCAACAGAAGAUAAUAAUAAACCUGACUUAAAUUCUACAGACUUAUUUCAAUUCUCAGCAUCAGCUCCAGCCUUACAAUUGAAGAAAGAUGCGCAUGCUGUUAUCGACGCAUUUGCAUCUAUCAUCCAAGCUAGAAACUCAUCUUCCUUUUCAUUCAACUCCACAACACAAUCUGCCGAAGAAACCGCACGUUUAUUUCAAGAAGUUGUCAAAGGAGCCCUGUCAUAUCAUCUAGAUCAAGGCAUAGGAACCAAUUCGACCAGUCCCUCAACUGAUCGACUCCAGUCAAUGUCCAAUUCGAUAAAUGAGACUCUAGAAAGCGUCAAUGAAGUCACUGAUCGACUCUUAUCUUCAACUGAUGGCGCCUUGCGGUUUAUGGAUCUAAAGAAUUGCCUUACUCAACUAGUUCAGCAAGGUGGUUUGCAUGAUGGAGAGAGCUGUGUAGUGAAUGGAAUGUCUGUCACUGGUGUUUCCGACAUCAUGGACAGCGUACUCAAGAACUAUGGUGGAGGCAUCAUUCCUAAAAACAUCCUCAGUCUUACCACAAAAGCAUUAAAUCCAAGUUUCAAAACGGUCAUCCCAGGUGAAGCAGCCUUUUACGAUUCAAUUGAUCAAGCCAUCAGAAGCGUUCAAAGUUCAGUUAGUGGCGAACUGGUACAAGCUCUCAACGAUGCUCAGCAAUGUUUUAUGGAGACAGCUUAUUCUUCUAUCACUUAUGCCGAACGUCUCAAGAAGACUGAAGAAUGCAAUCGGGACAUCGAUAAGUCUAGUUCUGUUUAUCGUGAUCUGAAGACUUUAUAUCUUUCAAUAACUAAUCAGUUUGUUGGUUACGUGAUCCCAAACUUAUUAGAGUCAAUUCAUGAGAUAUCCGCAAGCUACCUUGCGGCUAAGAUAUCUAAAUUCCCUCAAGAUUUGUUCUUCCGUCAAGCCAUCACAGCUACAAUUCGGUCAAUUGUAGCCUCUAAUUCUGGAAAUCAGGUGACAUACGCUUACAAAAUCGCAGAUUGUCUUGAUACCAUUAUAGCAAUUCCUGAUCCUGCAAGUGCAGCUCGCACAGCAUCUGCCGCGCUCUGUCUUCAAAAGCCUGAUGGACCACCAGCCUCAGCCCGCGAAAUCAUCUACGGCUAUACUCAACAAGUCUACGGCUUCUUACCCUCCACAAUCGCUGCACAGAUAGAAUCCUCUGAGCUCCAACACCUAAAUAAGUCUGAUCCAAAUUAUUUCAAAAAAGUCAAGGCGUUGCAUCAAUCCUUCUUAAAAUCAAACCCUGGACCAGAUUAUGUUAGUUGUUAUGAACGGUUUAUGGAUUGUCUCUUUGAACCUCGUGUGGGUGGAGCUUUAGUAUUUCAUCAAGAUACUCAAAUCACUUGUAUCUUGGGUGACGCUUGUCGGAAAACUCCGGAUGGCCAAAAGAUUCCUGUUCUUAGACCUAAUUGA